UGCAAGGCAGUUUGUUUCCAAAAGAAUUAUACUACUAUCUUUCACAAUGUUUCCAAAGUUCUUGGUGUUGUUCAUUUGUAUACUAAUUUCUUCCUUUAAUUUCACUACUCAUUCCUUCAAUAACAAAUGUCUUCACGAUCAGAAACUGCUGUUGCUUCAACUCAAAGAUGAGUUGAUCUUUGACUCUUCUAUCUCAACAAAACUGGCGCGAUGGAAUGAAAGUGAUGAGUGCUGCACAUGGUCCGGUGUGCAGUGUGAUGCUUUUGGCUACGUCGUUAGUUUGCAGCUCGAUGGUGAGGCCAUUUAUGGAGGGAUUGGGAAUUCGUCAAGUCUCUUCAGAUUCAAAUAUCUACAGAAGCUUAACCUUGCCUACAAUCGCUUCAACUUCAACGUUGAUCCCAUUCCGAAAGGUAUUGGCAAUCUCACCUAUUUGACACACUUAAAUUUGUCGCGUGCUGGUUUUGGUGGUCAGGUUCCUUCUGAACUUUUAUCGUUGAAGAGAUUGGCUAGUCUCGAUAUCUCCAACAAUUGUUCUUUAAGUCUUAAGCGCCCGAAUUUGGAGAUGCUUGUCCAAAAUCUAACUGAGCUUCGAGAGCUGUAUCUUGCGUGUGUUUAUAUCAAUUCCACGUACGAAACGAGAGAAUGGAGCCACAUAAUAUCUUCAUAUUUACCUAACCUUACCUCUUUGAGUCUGGUUGCUUGUGGUGUUUAUGGCCCUAUUUCUAAAUCCUUUUCCAAACUCCAUUCCCUUUCUAUUCUUCAGCUUGAUCAUAACCCUCUAUCAGUAGUAACAGAUUUGGACUUGUUCACGAAUUUUCCAAAUCUGACUACCUUGACUCUUGCUGACAGUGGAUUGGAGUGUUCUGUUCCAUCCAACUUUGCUAACCUAACAAAGCUGAUUCGUGUCGAUUUGUCACGAAACCAAUUAACCGGCUCACUUUCUCCCACGAUGUUUAAAGGUCUUUCCAGCCUUGCUCAUCUAGAUUUGUCAGAGAAUUUACUAUCUGGUAAUGUUCCCGACUCUCUCUUUGCUCUCCCUUCAUUGUUGGAACUUGAUCUUAGCUACAACGGAUUCAAUGGCACUUUUCAACUUGAAAACUUUCGAAACCUUGCCAAUCUCACAUUCCUCAGUCUAUCUCAUAAUAGCUUGUCGAUAGAGGUUGGCAACGUCAAUUCAAGUUCAUAUGGAUCUUCCCAACUGGAAGUGUUGAGACUAGCUUCAUGUAACUUGCCCCAUUUUCCUGCUUUCUUCAAACAUUCGAAACUGGAAGAAUUGGAUCUGUCACACAAUCGGAUUGCAGGGGAAAUACCUAGUUGCAUUUGGGGAACACAGCUUAUGUAUCUAGACCUCUCAUUUAAUCGUCUAACGGGUCUGCAAAAGCCUUACUCUGUCCCUGCUUCUCUAAAGGGCAUACGCUUGCACUCUAACCAGCUUAGGGGCGAGUUGUACAUGCCCGUUCCACUUGAGUCUAGAGUAGAGUUCUUGCGACUUGAUAAUAACAGUUUAAGUGGAUCGAUUCCAACUUCCCUCUGCAACGCCACGCACCUCUUAUCGCUUGACUUGUUUGGAAACAAAUUAAGUGGCAGCAUACCCCCUUGUCUAUUUGAAAGCAUCAACAUGCUCAACUUGGGGCGAAACAACAUCAGCGGUAGCAUUCCAGAUAUCCUUUCUAUGGAUUGUAGGCUACAAUUUUUGAAUCUCAACAAUAAUGCUUUAGGAGGGAAGAUCCCAAUGUCCCUCGAAAGUUGCCGGUCGUUGCUGUUCAUAGACGCUGCAAACAACAACAUCAGCGGCAGCAUUCCAGAUAUUUUUCCUCUGGAUUGCAGACUAGUUUAUUUUGAUCUCAACAAUAACAGUUUAGAAGGGAAGAUCCCAAAAUCCCUCGAAAGUUGCAGGUCGUUGCAGUUCAUGAAUGUUGGGAACAACAUGAUCGACGACACUUUCCCAUGCAUCCUAUCAUCAGCCUUGCGUGUUCUGGUUCUGCAUUCGAAUAGAUUUCAUGGGGAAGUGAGAUGUCAAAACAACUUGACAAGGCUCCAAGUUCUUGACAUAUCUUCUAACCGUUUUAAUGGAAGUUUGGAAUCAAUAGACUUCGCUAGUUUGAGGGCAAUGAAGAUUCGAAGUCUUGGCGAGUACUCAUUGUUUAUGUAUAACUCAUCAUCAUCAUCAAGUGUGGCAUUAAUCAUCAAAGGCAUAAAUUUAGAGUUUCAAAAAAUUUUGCCAGACUUUGGUAGCAUUGAUUUCUCUUCCAAUAACUUCUAUGGAGGCAUACCAAAUGCAAUUGGUGAUCUUACCUUACUUCAUCAUGUCAACUUCUCCCACAAUGCCCUCAACGGAAGCAUCCCAAAGUCAUUUGGCCAGUUGCGAGAGCUUGAAUCACUCGACCUCUCUGGAAACCAACUGACAGGGCUAAUACCGGUGGAGCUUGGAGAACUCACAUUCCUUGAAGUGUUGAACCUGUCCUAUAAUAAGCUGGUCGGAAUGAUCCCAAAUGGCCGACAGUUCCAAACAUUUUCAGUUGAAUCCUUUGAAGGGAAUCCUGGCCUAUGUGGUUUCCCUCUCCGCACAAACUGUAGUCAUACUGAUGGCAAUGACAGUGACCAUGAUGGCGCGGAAGAGAAGAGGGAGAUUGAGUGGGAAUACGUAUCUGUUGCAAUUGGAUAUGUUGUGGCCUUAGGAGUCAUUGUAUGGCUACUUCUCUUCUGCAGAAGCUUCAGUGAUAUAUACUUCGACAAACUUGAUGAGAUUGUUGAAGAGAUAUGCGAUGGCAGAAACAGGAGACGAAGGCGUGCAAGAAGAAGGCAUGCACAAGCACGAAUGGUGGAGGCGAAUCGAGUGAGGAGACAAUAGUGUUUUCUUCACAACCUGUUUCUAUAUAUGUCUGUUUGUUUUGUUCUAAAUAAGUGAAUGUUGUUUUCAUAUGAGCUUUGUUCAACUACUUGUACAAAUUGAAGAUACAUUGCUAAAAAUGUUAUGCUAUUUUAGUUUCCUUA